GUACGGGGCUCCUGGUUGGGAAAGGUCCUGGAAGCUGCCUGGAGGAGGUUAUUUUUCUUGAAGUUAGGGUUUGCACUUGGAGAGAGGAGGGGAAGCAGGCUUUGGGGUCGGGAGGCAGCAGUGGAAGCAGAGACUGCGAGGCUAACACCGGUUUGGGGUGGGAAUAAAUGAGGACGCGGACCCAGGAAGUCCAGGAGCUUUUCCCUGGCCGCGGGAGAGACGUCGGUGUACCAGCAUUUUGGGGCUGGCACUCGUGAUUCGUUUACUGUCCCCUCCCGCCCCCAAUGACCCGGAGUUGUGACCUGGGAUGCCACACGUUCAUUGGAGAGCUGUGGUCUUGAGCCAGCUUUAGACCCCACUGUCACUAAGGGAAGGGACCUUCCCACUCCUCUGCACGCCGCGCCCCCCCCCCCCGCCCCCCGCCAAAGGCCUUCGGUUGCUGCUCUGGGAAGUUGGAUCUCCCCUGGAGGCAGGGAUCAGCUUUGAACUUCAGGUCUGGUCACCCCAGCCACAGAUGCAGCGGGAUGAGACUAUCGCAGCAGCUCCGCCCCCGCGGAGAGCGGAGAGGGCGGGGUCGGGUAGGUGGAGCCAGCGUGACCUUGGUCACUCUCCCGCCGAGACAGCCCCGGGGGCGGGACUCGCCGUCUCUAUGGAGACCGAGAAACAAGGGAAUAAUACGGCGGAACCGCCCGGCCUGCAGUCCCGCCCCAGAGCCGGCAGGGAGCAGAGCUGCGGAGCCGCCUAGUCUCCUGCGUCCAUCGGUCCAUUCUUGCGUCUUUCUGUCCAUCGAACGUGCACUGCAGGAACAGCCACGAGGGAGAAGCCGGGUGGCAUGGCAGCGAGCACAGAUGUGGCUGGGCUGGAGGAAAGCUUCCGCAAGUUUGCCAUCCAUGGUGAUCCCAAGGCCAGUGGGCACGAGCUGAAUGGCAAGAACUGGGCCAAGCUGUGCAAGGACUGCAAGGUGGCUGACGGAAAGGCUGUGACAGGGACCGAUGUCGACAUCGUCUUCUCCAAAGUCAAGGGGAAGUCUGCCCGGGUCAUCAACUAUGAGGAGUUCAAGAAGGCCCUAGAAGAGCUGGCACCCAAGCGAUUCAAGGGGAAGAGCAAGGAGGAGGCCUUUGAUGCCAUCUGCCAGCUGGUGGCAGGCAAGGAACCAGCCAAUGUGGGUGUUACUAAAGCAAAAACAGGGGGUGCUGUGGAACGCCUGACUGACACCAGCAAGUACACGGGCUCCCACAAGGAACGCUUCGAUGAGAGCGGCAAGGGCAAGGGCAUUGCUGGGCGGCAGGACAUCCUGGAUGACAGUGGCUAUGUGAGUGCCUACAAGAAUGCAGGUACCUAUGAUGCCAAGGUGAAGAAGUGAGGCCUGGGAAGGCCCCCCCUAGCACGGCUGCCCCUGCCAAAGGCUCAGGCCUGUGCCUAAGGGGCAUGUGGAGCAAGAGAGCCCGGUCCCCUCCUUGCUGGAUCUGCCGCCCAGCGCUUCCUGCCCAGCCCUAUGGGGCCAGCCCACCAGACCUCUGACCCAGAUUGCUCUGCAUCCCCUUCCCCUUUUUCUUUCCCCCUCGACUUCUGUCUGUCUGAGGAGAGUCUGUGCCUAUAGCCUCACCACCCCAACCUCGCCCCGGGCAUGGCUAACCCCUGCCUGCUUGCCUCAUAUUUAAGCUGCUGCUCUGGCCAAGUGCCUGAUUCUUACCCGGACCUCAAUAAAGCCACCUUUUGUACCAA